CUGAUUAAGUCAAGGAGACGGACCUCUUUUGCCAGCUGUUACCAAGAUGUCCAAAACGUGCGCAGGUGUCUGGGCAGCGCAAUUGGCGCAGCGCCCCAGCUGCACAACAGAGAAGCACAUACCGUCCAACCUCGCUGUAUCAGCAUGGCCUCUGCCUUUUCAGUAGUUGUGAUGCGCGAGGCACGGCGGGCGGCGGGCCGCCGGAGUGACACCUAAGCGCGCAUCAAGCGGCACUGCAAGCAGCGUCCACACUCUGCUAGCUUCAAUCUUAUAUGAUUCUUAUCUUCUGCUGAAUGCCCCAAACCCUUACGCCCUGGGCGUACACGCCGACGCCGACGCAUGAACGGCAGCAGCGGAGGUUGGGGCCGUUGGGCGCAUCAUACUGCCCCAGUGGCGUAUACUAUGGAACACUUCUAGCCUGCCGCUUUACAAUAAACAUGUAUCUGUCCUAGCUCAGCCUUUGCAAGCCAGCUGUUUGGUUCCCGACAAGCAUUUCCGCACCCGGAACUCGCGACAGCACAGGGCAUAGACCUGCAACUGUAUUGAUUGUUACUGACAACUGCUGUGAUAACACAGCUCAGGCUGUAGAAGGGUAGCGAGCUGGUGUAGCCGUGCUGAGUCGCUAGCGGUAGCAAGCUAUGUAGCUUGCACCGGGCGACGGACUGGUGUGAAAGCAGUGCUCUUUAUCAUUGAAAUACACUCAAGGCCUUAUCAUGAGUUAGCUUGUGGCAACAUAAUCUGCUGCUCUGACAGCGGGGCGUUUAGCAAGAAAGUUGACCGAGUGUUGCUGGCCAUGUCGCUCGUGCCACAAGCGUUGCCGCAAGCUGGCAGCAUGACUCAAGCAAGUGGAGAACAUGGCGACAGCGGGAGGCAAGCUUUGACCUUGGUGGAGGAGCGUCGAAAAGCCACGCGGUUGACCUCGCCAGCCUUGAGCGGCCAACAAUGGAGCCCAGCGCUGCCAGAGGUCGCAAACAGCGUCGGUGUGUUGAAUGCACUUCAGCGCCAGGCUGCCCUGAUGCCGUGUGUGCCACAGCUUGCAACUGACCGUGCGGCUUGCAGCGCUGCUGGGCAGCGCCAAGCCUUGCCCGGGGGGCUCGGCGCGGAGCGAAGCCGGCGCUCCAGGAGCCUUCAUGCUGGCUGCUGGCUGUUGGACCCCUUGCCUGUGCAUCACCGUGAAGGCACGCAGCUUCCAGCCAGCCCCAGCAGCGGCAGGGACGCGCCGGUUAGCGGGGCAUGGGGGCUGUUGAGCGGGGCCCUCGGGGAGGAGCAGGAGAUGGAGCAGGCGGGGCAGCGGGAGCUGUCGCUGCUAGGCCGCGGCGCCAGCCGCGCCGCCCAUGGCUCCCUGGCGUGUCAGCGCGGUCCGGAGCCUGCACAGCAAGGCAGCAGCGGCGUAGAUGAGGUGGUGGGGGAGGAGGAGGGCGUGGGGCGGCCUGCCGACCGGGAUGAGGUUCGCAGCUGGCGCCACCCGGCUUGCCCGCGCCGCCAGCAGCAGGAGAUGCAUGGUGCAGCCGAGUUCGUGCCCGCCACCAGCAGCACCAGCACAUGCAGUGGCGGUGGCCAGGGGGCUGCGGCCAGGUGCGGCGGAUGGGCGCGGGCGCAGCGCAGCCAAGAGGAGCAGGAAGAGCGGCGGCUAGGGCAGCAGCUUGCGGGCUGCUGUCCUGGCGGGGCGGAGGCGGAGGCACAGCGCAACACCGGCUGCGUGCCAUACCCCAACUCCUCGCCAUCGACCUGGUCUUCCCCCAGAUCCUCAAGCCUACCAAAGACUCGCUGCGAGCUGCAGGGAGGAGGGCGGCGGCGGCGCGCGCCAACCGCCACCGCUGCCGGCACGGCACCGGCGUCUGGGCCGGCGCAUAGCAAGCAGCACGAGCGGAAUCCGCGGCUGCCGUCGCUGCUCGCGGCACUGCUGACGCCGCUGCUGCUGCUGGUGGCGGCGCCAGCGGCGCUGCUGACGCCGGCGGCUGCGCAGCUGGCUACGGACCCGCCGCCGUACAUGGUCAACCCGCUCAACCCCUUUGGCGGCUGCCUGUCGCUGCAGAUGGACGUGUACCUGUACGUCAACUGUCAGUACAUCUACCUGGGCGAUCUGCCGUACUGCAACAUCAUCUUCACGUGCGCUGACUGCGCGGGCGGCGUCUCCAAGGCGCCUUGGAACAUCACCCUGUUCAAUGACCCCAACGUCGCGCCGUCGCCCAGCCGCGUCUCCUGCCCCACCUUCAACCUGGACGACGCAGGCAACGCCGCGCUGCUGCUGAACUACAACCUCGGGAACAACUGCCCCGACCUGCCGGACGACUCCUCCAUCGUGUGCAAGGCAGUACCCUCGCCGCCGCCGCCGCCCUUCUCGCCGUCGCCCAGCCCGAAGCCGCCGCGGCCGCCGCCAGGCCCGCCGAGGCCGCCGCGCCCGCCGUCACCGGAGCCAUCGCCGUUGCCGCCGUCGUCGCCGCCGGCGCCCCCGGCGCCGCCCAGCCCGCCGACCGCGCCGCCCUCACCGCCGACACCGCCCUCGCCGCCGGUCGCUCCGCCCCGCCCGCCGUCACCCAGGCCGCCGUCACCGCCGGCGCCGCCGCCCAGCCCUCCCUCGCCACCGGUGCUAGACGGGACCUCGCCCUCGCCGCCAUCGCCCGCGCCGCCGUCACCGGCACCGCCCUCCCCCGCACCCUCAACGCCGCCGUCACCAGCACCACCAUCGCCGGUGCCGCCCUCCCCCGCGCCGCCGUCGCUAGCACCUCAGGCGCCGUCGCCACCCUCGCCCACGCCACCAUCACCUGCGCCGCCGUCGCCGCCGGGCCCGCCUUCGCCCGACCCGCCCUCGCCUGCGCCUCCCUCGCCAGCCCCUCCCUCCCCUGCGCCACCCUCACCUCCAGCACCGCCGCCAUCACCACCCAUCCCGCCCACUCCUCCCGGCCCACCACCCACACCACCGGCACCACCGGCCCCGCCGUCGCCCCCACCCUCGCCGCCACCGGCCCCGCCCCGCCCGCCUCCCACGCCACCGGCCCCUCCGCCGAGCCCACCACAGCCGCCCUCUCCAAUGAGUCUGCCACCGUCCCCGCAACCGCCUCAGCCGCCUCAGCCGCCGCCGCCGGCAACAGCCGGUGUGCCGCCAGCUCCGCCUUCCCCGCCAGCCCCGCCAACCCCGCCUUCGCCCGCGCCCAGUCCGCCACUGCCGCCCGCUCCGCCGCCGACCCCGCCGUCGCCCCCAGGCCCGCCUGCGCCGCCUGCACCGCCGCCCGCACCGCCGGCGCCGCCGCCCUCACCCUCACCGCCCCCUUCCCCGCUGCCGCCCACUCCACCGGCCCCCUCGCCGCCACCCUCUCCUCCUCCCUCUCCUGCGCCUCCCUCCCCACCCCCUCCCUCCCCUGUGCCGCCACAGCCGCCCUCUCCGCCGCCCUCACCCACGCCACCUCCAUCUCCCCCGUCCCCGCCCUCCCCGGCGCCGCCCUCUCCACCGCACCCGCCAGAGCCCUUCUUUGCGCCCUCGCCGCCGCCGCCGACUCCGCCGCCGCCGCGCCCGCCGCCGCCGCCCGCCUCCGUCACGGAGGUGCCCAGCGGCUUCUCCUACACCAGUUUCUACGGGGUGCCCAUGUACCCGACCCAGUCGCGACUCAAGAUCAUCUCUGACAACAUCGCAAAGGAACUUGGCCUGGAGAGCGACGGCGUGACCACCACCAUCGCCACAACCUUUGUCGCCACAGUCUACUCCGUCCUCACCAGCAGCCUUGCCAACCCCGUCACCAAUCGCCGCGCGUUGCUGCAGACCAAUCCGCUGCCACCUAGCCCCGCGCCGCCGAGCCCCACGCCGCCUAGGCCCUCGCCGCCAAGCCCCGCACCUAGCCCUCCGCGACCCCCCGUCCCUCCCUCGCCCCCGCCGUCGCCACUGCCGCCCUCGCCCGCUCCUCCUUCGCCUCCAGCCCCCACCAACACCACCUCACCACCGCCCGCACCGCCGGCGCCCAGCCCCCGGCCGCCCUCUCCGCUGCCACCUUCCCCUGCUCCGCCCUCGCCUGCGCCGCCCAGCCCGCAGCCGCCGCUCCCCAGCCCUCCUGCGCCGCCGCCCGAGCCGCCGUCACCGUUGCCGCCGCCCUCGCCGACGCCCCCAUCUCCGCUGCCGCCGCCGGCGCCCUCGCCGCCGCCGCACCCGCCAUCACCCCUGGGCUGCAUGGGCUGCACCCCCCAGGUGGCGGCGGGCAUGCUCGCAGCCAUCUGCACGCAGCUGUCGGUCGACGACUGCAGCACCAUCAAGGUGGCGUGUGUGGGCGUGGGCGGCCUCAACGCCAGCCUCACCGUCUUCCCCGCCAUGCCCGACAGCGCCUACGGCUACGGCGACAACUGCUCGGCGCGCGUGACCGCCACCUUCAGCCUGCCCGCCUCCGCCGCCGGCCAGCAGGCGCUGUUCGUGCUCAACGUCAUCACCAACAAGGUGGCUGUGCCGGGCUACGCCGUCACCAGCCCCACCACCCAGGCCGAGGUGGCGGUGUCCACCACACUGCAGAACAUCAUCUCCAACAGCGGCAGCAGCAAGGUGCCGGUGAGCGACCAGAAGGUGGCGCUCAGCAUUGCCACCACCCUGGGCCUGCCGCCAGACCAGGUCUUCAUUGUGACCGGCCCCAGCGGCAACACCACGGGCGGCGGCUCGGGGGGCGGCGGCAUCCUGACGCCGCUGUCGACGCCGCCGCCGCCCCCCGCCAGCCGCUGCGACAGCCCACGGCUGGGCAGCCUGUGCGGCGCAGAGGCGGUGGGGGCCAUCGUGGGCAUCAUCGUGGGCGGGCUGCUUUUGCUGGGGCUGCUCAUUGGACUGGCCUACUCGCUCAUCUCGCGGGGCCGCCAGCCCGUGCUGCCGGUGGACGACUACGCCUGGGUCCAGAAGUACGCACAUGUCGCGCCCGGCCUGGCCACCGCCUACACGCCGCCGGUGUUCCGCGCCACGCCCUACUCGGUGGACCUCAACCACCCCACCAUGUACGCCGGCACAGCCACCUUCAAGGAGUAGGAGCAAAGGGAGGAGGAGGAGGAGGAGCAAUAACCAGGCACACUCGCGUGUCGAGAUGCGGGAGUGGAGGAAGAUUAGGACGCCCCCAUCGGUUCGCAUUAGCACAGGGGUGAAGGAUGCUUUCAUCCGUUGCGUGCAGUUGGCUCCUGUGCCGAAGAUAGGGCAUAGGACAUGGGAUCAGAGAUUCAGAUCGGAAUUGGUGAGGAAGGAACCCGAAAUGUGCUGCGCUGCUGCUACCGGGGCGGAAGGCACCGGUCUAUGACCUGCACACGGGAUGUGCCGUACGGCUUGACUGCCGUGGUGCUGCUCGCCAACAGCAGGCCGGGCCAGGCAGCCCAUUCCUCCAGCAGCACAUUGAUGCGUACAGCCGUGUAGACGCGAACAAGCAAGGGAAGGAGGAUUGCCGUGUUGCGGGUUCUGUCUUUGUCCCGUACCGUAGUAGUGGCGGUACACACGCGAACGGUAGUCGUGAAGGCGUACGUGCAUUGUAGUUGGGAGUGGGAACACAGUCGGGAUGGGGGCUCGGGAAUGAAGGAGUGCUGACGCGCCGACAGGGGUAGGCGUGCAUGGAUGGCGUGCGCGGGGUGUACAUACCGCAAUGGAAUGAACGCAAUGCAAGGAACCAGCAAGCCGGAAGUGGUAACAAGCUUCGGGUU